UAUCUCAACAUGACAUCAAAACCAGCUCAGUUCAGACAGGAGGUGCCAUGGAAACUACUCUCACUCAGCACUAAGCUAUGACCUCUGCCCAAGGCAAAGCAUUUCUUAAGGGUUGACACCAAGAAGGGCUCAAGAGAAAACUCAGCAUUAUAGGCUAUUCAUUAAACUGGAAUUCAGUUUUAGGAAGAUUUUGCUUCAUCAUUCCUAUUAAACAUUAGUCACAGCCAAAAAUCCAGUGCAAUUAUUCAUAUAAAGCUGUAAAUAUAGCAUGACACUGUUACGACAUUGGUUUCUUUUAUGCUGGCACAUAAGGCUCAUGCUUAUCUCUGUGGCCAGCAGGCAAAUGGAUUAAAUUUAGAAAGUGCUAAGCUAUUUUCUCUCACUGAAGAUAAAACACAUGAAAAUUUCCUUUACUGGUUUGUGAAUAGUGAUAAUUGAAGGAAUGUUUUCAACUUGAAAUGUUUAAACUGAAAAAUGUUGAAAACUUUUUAAAAAAGGAGUUCUAAGAGCUUCCAACAGCAGCAGUCAGGCACCAGGCUUAGACAGUCACUGAAUGAGAGCACUGGCCACCAGACCUUCCCUCUCCAGCAGCAUACCUUGAUGAAAGCUUUGUGAGAAAACAAGGAUCUGACUGAAAUGAUUUUCUUAAUAGUAGGUGUACCAGGAAAAGGAUUAAUCUGAAUUUGAAAUGAGUUCUUGCUCUCAACCAAAACAAUGAUACAAGCUGGCAGAAUGGAGGUAGCGAUUCUGCUGAUGUUUGUCAACAGAUAAAAUUGUUGCUAAGCAGAUUCUACAAGCUUGGGAUUUAUGAUUAUAGCUUCAUGAAGCCCUCCCCAGAGGAUGCCUGUCUCAAAGCCACAUUAAAAGUCCCUCAUUUUUCAUUAAAACAUCUGUUACAGGUUAAAUAAUAAAAACUCUAUCAAGUAUAUACAGUUGGUAGUAUUUACUUAAUGACAAUCUGCAAGAUGCUGCAGUGAUAUUUUCAUUAUAGAAGCCUGGUUUACUUGCUUGUAACUUCACCUGACUGGGUAGAGCUUUCUAAUUCCACCUGUUUUAUUUGGAUUCUGCUACUGUAGAAAAUUCUAAUAAAACUUGAUCCAGUCACUUUCAUAUUACCUGUCACAGUUAAAGUGUUACGGUUGUUUUCAUGUAAAUUGUUGGUUCUUAAAGCUUUGAAGCAAAGACUUUAAACUGGGUAGGAUCUUGCUGGUGGCUGAAUUGUGAUAACAACAUACUCCAUCACUGUAAUGGAGAUAUUUUUGCUCAUGCAUACGGAAAUGAUUUUGUUACUGUGUGUGAAGUAUUAAAGUAAUACCAUGAUAAACAUCUCAGAAGCACCAGAAAAAACUGAUCUGGCUGAACUGAGGCUAAAGCUGUAAUGGAGUGUAAUACAGUGCUCUGUGAGCAAAAAGGAAAGCAUGCAGUAAGUAUAAGGUGUGUUGUCAGUCUCACGUCCUGAAUGAGUUGAAGGUUGUGGGGAACAAAUAAUACCUAAUCACAUACUUAUUUCACUUUGGUUUCACACUUUGUUUUGCAAGUGUGUCAUCUCACCCUCUGGAAAACACGGCACUCUAGGACAUCCUGAUUCUGAGUGCUUGUACUUCAGAGACUGCCAUGUUUGUACAAGAGGUAGCACUAGCACUCUUCUGAAUCACAAGGAUAAUCCAUAAAAUAAAUCCACGUGCAUUGAGUAUUAUCUCCAUUUGUGCCUUCUUCGAAUGUUGCUGACAUAUUUUACCAGCUGCAAUGCUGCUUACAUUCUAUAGCAUUACUAGCCUAUUUCCAUGGAGAAUGUAACUUCUUCAGUGUUUGCAGCUUCAGGGAGGGGGAGAAAGAAGGGAAGAAAAGGCAAGUGUUAAUCUAAAGGAGUUCCCAAAAAAGUGAUGUGUGAUAUCCAGCUGUAAAUAAUGACUAACAGUUGGAAGAAAGGAUCCAGGUUUUGAAAGUAAACCCAAGUUCCUUACUGCUGUGGGGUAGUGGGAAAUAUAAGAAGAAUAUGAGAGAACAUUUAAGCUUGUCAGCUUGUCACCUGGGGGAACCUUUUCCAGGCCAGUGCCCCAUUGUCUGCAUCUUUGUCUUUUCCCCAAGAGUAUUUGCUGCAGAGAAAUACAGUUUACUCUGUUAUGUACGUUGUGCAGCAGGAAGUUCAUGCAUCAGCUACCAAAAAAGGAAGGUGCUCAGAUACCGAUGAGGUGAUGCUAGUAUCAGUUUUAUGUUUCAGCAAGUACAGAGAACAGUGUGACUUGUGAUUUUUUUCUCUUUGUAGUACUAAAAUGACAGAUGUUCAGCCUCCCCUUAAGCUUCCAAGUAAUUGCAGAUUAUAACAGUUCCUUGAAUGAAAAGCACUUACCUUACAGUUUCUUAACUUAAUUUUCACCUUCAGUGAGACUUCUUCAUAACAGUUUGAAGAUUAGAAAGGACAAUUUUGCAAAGUGCUGUAUGUGUUUAUAUAGGCUCUACAUAUGCUGUGUAUACUAAAUGAGAGAAAUUCACUCAAAGCUUAGGGCUCUGUUAAGUUAAAGUGGAUAUUUUCAUGCCUUGAAUGUAGUUUGAUUCCUGUUCUAACUGGCAUGUAAUUAUAAUCUCAUCUCUGAGUUUACAUUUUUUCUUCUUUCUCUAUGUAGGAAUUACUUCCUUCAAAGAAGCCAUUUUAUCUUAUUCCAGGAUGUUACCAGUAGAUAUCAGACUUCGAAACUUACAGGUGUACAAACUUCUUCAGUGUGUUCACCAAAAAGACAAGAAGCAAAUAGAAAAGCUGGUCCAGAAUGGAUUCCCAAAUCUCAUUAAUUUCACAGAGCCUAUGGAAGGAUAUAGUGCCCUUCAGUUGGCCUGCAUGAAAAACGACAUUGAUAUGUGCAGCUUCUUGCUGGAGCAAGGAGCUCAUCCAGAUGUCCAGGACAAAAUGGGACGUACUGCAGCAAUGAAGGCAGCUGAGUUAGGCCAUGAGUUCAUUUUGGAUAUAUUAGUAAAAGCUAAAGCAGACAUGACUGUUGUGGAUAAUGAAGGGAAAGGUGUUCUGUUUUACUGCCUUUUACCUACAACACGGCACUACCACUGCACACAGAUUGCCUUGGAUGCUGGUGCAGAUGUUAACAACUGUACCACUGAUGGGAAGCCUGUAUUUCUACAAGCCUGUGAACAAGCUCAUGAUAUUAAAGAAAUAUGCCUGAAUUUUAUGGAAAGAGGAGCAAAUCCCAGUGCAGGAAACCCAGCUACAGGUCGCACGGUCUUAAUGGAAGCUGCAAGAGAAGGUGUUCUCGAGCUGGUGCGCGGUCUGCUUGAGAGAGGAGCUGAUGUUAACCUGUUUGACUUUGAAAGACAAAGUGCUGCACAUUUUGCAGCCAAAGGAGGCUUUUUUGAGAUUCUGAGGAUUAUUUCAGCUUAUAAUGGAGACGUGGGCCUGAUCGCUAUGAAUGGUAACACGCCGCUUCAUUAUGCUGCGGAGGGAGGAUUUGCAAAUUGCUGCAAGUUCAUAGGACAAAGAGGCUGUGAUCCUACAUGGAUAAACUUGGCAAAAAAGACACCAAGAGCCAUCGCCAAGGAUGGUGGUUUUAAAGCAGCAGUAUCAGAAUUGCGUAAAAUUGAGAAGACCUUUGCAAAACAGUCCAAGACUGAGGAUAAGGAGGAAAACCCCCAGUGGGCUGUGAGGCUGUACGACUGGUCCUUGGAGCACCAGGCUGCCCUCCGCAAGGCGUUGGAGGCUGUCGACCAAGGAGAUGGGAAGGUGACUAAAGACAGUUUUAUAGCCCUUAUCCAGCAGCACUGUUCCUUUGUGGACACUGAACAACUAGAAGCUAUUGCUGAAAUGCAUGAAGGACGUCAGGCUGAUGGAAUCAGCAUUGAAGACUUUUUAAAAGGCUCUAAAUACUUGCAAAAAAAUUAUCUUAUCACAUCCUAUGGACCCAAAGGGAAGAAGAGGAAGAAAGGGAAGAAAAGAAGAGGCAAAAAAGGUGUUGCUGUUCCUGUGCCAAUUUGUGUUAUGCCAAAGGGCACAUGUCCCCUUAGAGAAGAUGGUUUCCCUGUGUACAUGGUUGAGGCUAUCCAAAAUCUUGCUGACAUCUCCCAUUUUAACCGAGACCACCCAUCUGCCCAUCCCGUGCAUGAUGACCGUGCCUGGUACAUAGAUGAGCCAAGGAAAACGUACAUGAGCAUUAACUACCUUGUCAGAAAAGCAGACUUUCUGUCUCUGCAGAAAGCAUUUGAGGAGGGUGUGCACAUAGACGUAAAAGAUCAAUAUUACAAAACACCUUUGAUGGUUGCAUGUGCAAGUGGGAACAUAGUUCUUGUGCAGUAUCUUCUGGAAAAGGGGGCUGAUGUAAAUGCAACAGACAAUUUCAUGUGGACUCCUCUCCAUCAUGCUUGCUAUAAUGGACACCUCGAUAUUGCCAAACUGAUAGUGAAGGCUGGAGCAGCAGUGGAUGCACCUGCAAUGGGCAAUGCAACCCCACUAAUGAGAGCCAUUGAGAUCUCCAGACUGGAUAUUGUCUAUUUUUUACUUGAAGAGGGUGCAGAUGUCAAAGCUACAAACAGCAAUGGAAAGAAUCCUCUUGAUAUUGCUAAAGUAUUUGCAGAUUCUAGAAUAAUUGAUCUGCUCCAGAAUAAACUGGACAAUUUGCCAGAAGUACCAGAAAAGAAAGAAAAAGCUGUGAAACAAAAGGCAUCUUCUACACCAAAGCCUGCAGAGGAACAAGCUGCAAAAAGAGAGUCUUCACAGAUACCACUGGCAGAUGAAGAAACAUCCAUUCUUGAAAAGGCAACACAGCCCUUUAAGGACAGCGUUAUUUAUCUGAAUUCUCUGAUAGCCAGUGGUGCUACCAAGAAAGAGGACAUCACAUUCAAACCCAGAAAAAUUUGGGCCCCUGAAGCCGCAACAGAAGAGUUAGUAAGGAAGCAUGAAUGGCUCCGUGAGCGCUCUGCUUUUGAUGGCUUGUCAGAAAGCCCUGCAACCCCCUUUGAUAGAAAAUUUGCAGAAUAAGCACACCAGCCGGAAGAAGCUACUUCAGCAUAUAUUUGAGGGGGUAAAUAUCAAGAAGGCUACUCCUCUGCAAGGAAGGAAUCAUGCAGUGCUCAGUAAAUGCAUCUUAGUUAUGACAA